GUGCCAAUUACCCAAAUCGAGCGCGUGCAUCGCCUCCGCAGCGCAUAGCUGAGUCGCAGACGUCUCCGAGCAGCCGCAAACGAGCCCAGACAAAUCGCUGACUGGCACUCGCAAGCCUGCCCGGCGCUCGCUCCCACAACAAGCACAGCAGAGCAACACACGUAAGUGCUGCAAAACGCCGCCGCCGCGACAAGAAACGGCAUGGAGGCCCUCACCCUCGCCUGCGCCGGCGCCGAGGCCUUGGUCGGCGUCGCCGGCAUCAUCGUCGACCAGAACAAGUCGUUCCACUACGACGCGUCGCUCGAGGACGCUCUCGCAGCGUUAGCGUUCUGCGCAUUAGUGACGCUUGUACUAAGACAACAAGAGCGCCACGGCUUGGCCGCCUUCGCCUCCGUGGUAGGUUUGCUCUACGGCGGUGCCAAGGGCCUUGUCAUCGGCCUCUCGCACCACUCGGUGAACACGGCAUCUAUUGUACUGUGCGCCGUAUGCGGUGUCCUCGCGGUCGGGUCCAUCGCGGGCUCCCUGCGGGAACGCCGCAUCCUGCGAGAUAAUGAUGAUUACCAGCUGCUCGAGGACGGCGCCAAGCCCGCGCGCCUGUCAGCCUACGCGAUAUUACGCUUACUGAAACCUUACUUCUGGCCCCGGAGUUUAGUUGGAAGAUUAGCUGUGUUCUCCACUCUACUCUUCGUCAUACUGAGCAAGGUCUGCACGGUAGUGGCGCCACUAGUAUUAGCGAGUGCUGCGGACGCCGUCGCCGCGAGGGACAAGAAUGGAGUACAUAAAGCAAUAAAAAUGUCGCUGUUCUACGCUCUAUUAACGUUCACGGGCAAGGUGAUGAAGGAAUGUCAAUCCCUAGCUUACCUAAAUGUGCAAAAAUACGCCUUCAUCGACCUGUCCUCAGAUACCUUCGCGCACCUCCAUUCGUUAUCUCUACAGUGGGCUUUGUCCAAGAAGAUGGGCGAGGUCGUGAGAAUUACCGACAGAGGAAUAGCUGGCUGUGACACGUUUAUGAAGUAUGGGGUCCUGUACAUAGGACCGUCGAUCGGGGAGGCGGUCGCGGUCUGUAUCCUCUUCUACGUCCAUUUCAAGCUCUGGAGUCUCUCGUUAUUAGUCUUUGGUGCUGUGGGUGCGUACGCCAUCUUAACCGUAAAGAUGACCUUGUGGCGGAAGCGCUUCCGCUCCGCCAUGAACAAGUCGGACAACGCGUGGCACGACCGCCUGACGGAUUCGCUGGUCAACUUCGAAACCGUAAAAUAUUUUACUGCUGAGGCGUACGAGAACGAACAAUUUUCCCGAGAGAUCGCCAAGUACCAGAAGAGCUCCGUCUCAGUACAAGCAUCUCUAUCCGCAUUGAACAUCAGCCAGCAGGUUAUUUUAUGUGGUUGUUUAGGAGGGGCCAUGGCUCUUUCUGCCUUAGCGGUUCACAAAGGCGAAGCCAGUGUAGGAGGCUUCGUGGCCGUCAACGUCUGGGUCAUCAACUUGUUUGCGCCUUUAAAUUUCCUCGGGACGGUCUACAACGCUCUCAUCACGGCUACUGUAGACUUAAGGAAUUUAUCAGAGCUACUUGCACAAAAGCCGCUCGUCAAAGACGGUCCCGCGGAGCACCCGGCGCUCGCUUCCAAAAGCCCUAUUGGGGUGGCUUUUGCGGAUGUCAAGUUCCGGUAUCCCGGCGUCACGGCAGUAGACGCCGGUUUGAAGCAGGUGUCCUUCGAGGUUAAAGCGGGGACGUCAUUAGGCAUCGUCGGCCCCACCGGUGCGGGCAAGUCGACGAUAGCCCGGUUACUGUUUCGCUUCUUCGAUGUGGAAGGGGGUUCCGUGAGCGUGGGCGGUCUCGAUGUUCGUAGUGUCACACAAGCGUCUUUGCGACGGCUCAUGGGCGUCGUGCCGCAGGACACGGUCCUGUUCAACUCUUCCUUAGAUUACAAUAUAAGGUACGGCAAGCGGAACUGCUCUACGGAAGAACGCGACGACGCCGCGAAACAUGCAUCUCUCAGUGCUUUCGUUAGUCGCUUAGAGGAGGGCUGGGACACGGUUGUGGGCGAGCGCGGGCUGAAACUGAGUGGGGGCGAGAAGCAGCGCGUGGCCAUCGCGCGGUUGUUCGUCAAGAAUCCUCCGAUAGUGCUGCUCGACGAAGCGACCUCGGCUUUGGACUCGCGGACCGAGGCGGACAUCCAGGGCGCUUUAGCGGCGCUGUCGUCCGAUCGCACGUCCGUGACCAUCGCGCAUCGAUUGGGCACGAUCUCGAAUUGCGAUGCGAUCAUCGUGUUGAAUGCCGGAAGGAUCACGGAGCGCGGGUCGCACGCGGAAUUGCUGGCGCUCGAGGGCGAGUACAAGGCCAUGUGGGACGCGCAAGCUAGGAAUUCGGAGGCCGAGGAGGUCAAGGAGGAGCCUUCCGAGGCCGAGCCCCAGUGAGUAAGAGGUCUUUUGUUAUUUCUAGUG